UUACAUCACUGGAACUAGUAAAGAAGUACCUCUAUGUAGAUUUGGAACCUCCUUGAUUUGUCGUUUAAUGGCAUAGACUAAUGUGUUAUGUCACGAUAUUGAAAAUAUCGCUGUUCUGUGAACAUUUCAAGGUUUUUGUGUUAUUAUAAAUGAGUAUAUUCUACUUGUAGUGAUUGAAUUACAAUGAAUUUUCAAACGACAAUAUUUCAAACUCCCCUAAGAGUUAUGAUUAUAAACCCGCUCAUACCAGCGUCACAGUUAACUAUUACCAAAAUGUUGAAAGGGGUAAUUUUUGGCAAGAACCAAUUAAUUGAUUUGAUAUUGUUGGUAUACGCAAAUGAGACGCAGCCAGCAGAGGAACUAGCACAUGAGUUAAUUUCCUGUGCUUUUCCAGGUUAUAAUUCAGUUAAAGUAACUUCAGACUUGCCUCGUUUAUCAGAUGCUGACGUGUUUUGUUUCAUGACUAAUUUUGCAAAUCCGAAUUCCUUUGAUUGGGAAAAUAUGGAUUCUACUGAGCAGUUUGAUAAUUUAUAUUUGAUAGUCAAAAUUGCUUCUAAUUUUGCGAAGCCAUACACCGAAGAGGAACCACAGACAAACCCUAAGAAAAAGCCAGUAGUGCCACCUCAGAAACCUGUGAAACCUUUAAUAGUUGCUGACGGAUUGCUAGUUAUCGAUAUCAUACACAUACUAGCUCCCAAUAUACCUACUGAUAUGUUGUUCUGUAGUACAUCGCUGAGAUCUAUCGCAAAAAUUGUAUUGAGUGACUACCUCAAGGUUCGUUGUUGGGAUAUCAACCAUAGUUAUGUUUGGGCUGCAAACGAUUUAGUAUUCCAUGCUGAAAUCGAAAUGCCUUUUCUCAAGGAUGAUAUAAUAAGUAAAGAAGCCAAGUGUGAUUGGAAUGCCAUAUCCCAGGAAAAAUUUGAAGAACUUAAGUUGGAGCAUUUUAACUUCAAUGCCUCGUGGAUGAAGAUAGAAUUUAUCGAGAGGAUGCUUGCUUCAUCAUCGACAAAUCCAUAUGGAUGCAUCUUUAAAGCAUGCGAAAUGUCAAAGACUAUGCAUUCUAUUUGGAAACCACGAUUAUUAGAGGAAGCAACUGCUCCCAAUAUUAGUUUGGGUGUCAUAAGUGAUGGUUCUUUAGGAACUGUCAGAGGAUUGCCCUACGUCCUACCGCUAAUAAUACAGAAAGACUCUUGGAGUGUUGAUCAAAUGUUCGAAGAAACAAGCCAUUUGAGACACGAAAUAAAGAGAAUCAAUAAGGCUGCGAUAGAACAUCACCAAAAACUGGUUCCUUACGUAAGGAAGUUUCUGCAAGACAAUAUCAUUAAGCAAGAAUUUAUCCCAAGAGAUCUGGACAGUGAAAGUGAUAGCAGCAGCUAUUCGCCUACUGUAGCCAGCAGCGAAACCUAAAACAAAUCUUUUUAUUAUUGCAUUAUUCAUUCGUUACAUUAUUGGAUGGUGUACGGUGCAUGUAGCUGGAGCAACAUAACACUUGCAAGUGACAAGAGCACGUGGGUGGGUAUUUUACUUUGGUACAUGCGCGAGUCGCUGGACCCGCACGUUUUUAAAAUGCAUGUGAAGUGUCUCAACAUGCGCAAGCUACUUACACGGUUAAGGUGCACCUUUGUAAACCUUUUGUUGAAGAAUAUUUGACUAGGAAUAGAUUCCCUAUGGAAUGGAGCUGAAUUUGAUAGUCGAGAAACUCGUCUGAUUAUUGGGGAUGGUGACGGUGAUGACAAGACAGCGAUGACUCUGAUAUCAAUAAAUUCAGAAAUUUUUGCCAAGAUGUUUUGGACUGGAUCAUAUGCGAAACUUGGCCAAAACUUUCAGCGCUACAACACAGAUGGAAAGAUCGUAAAAAAGUUAAAAAUACAUUCAUUUUUUGAAAGAAUAUUUAAUGUACACAUAAAAAGAAUGUGGUCUUGUAAUUAAGCAGUUCUCGGUUCAGUUGAGAUGUCACUUAUUCACACUGCCAGCACAAAGCAGCUAAGGGAAAAACAAAUAAAAGCGCAUUUACUAAGCGAUUAAUAUUCGACGGACUACGGUCUCGGCUCCCUGACCGCAUCGUUUGUUUAACCUCUUCUGUCAAUUUGAUUUCCGACCUCGGGGGUAUGUAAUUUCCAUUACGGAGGCCAGACGCUUUGUUUAUCUACGAGCAGUCCAAUAAGCUUGGCGAGAAUCUCUGUUUCAUCCAAGGAGAUCUUUAUGUACUUAGGUAUUUUUAUUUGGUUCUUUGCUUUGUGUUGAGAUGUUUUAUGUUGUUAAUGAGUAAUUAGUUCUAAUCGUGGUGGUUUUAUUAUAGUGAGAUCUUGUUUGGCUUGCGUU